AUGAGCACCAAAACCACGUGUUAUUCUUCCGCCUCUGCCUCAUGUUUGAUCGCAAGUACACGAGGCUCUAGGACCGAUGCCGGAGGCUCUAGGACCGAUGCUGGAGGCUCUAGGACCGAUGCUGGAGGCUCUAGAACCGAUGCUGGAGGUUCUAGGACCGAUGCUGGAGGCUCUAGGACCGAUGCUGGAGGCUCUAGGACCGAUGCUGGAGGCUCUAGAACUGAUGCUGGAGGUUCUAGGACCGAUGCUGGAGGCUCUAGGACCGAUGCUGGAGGCUCUAGGACCGAUGCCGGAGGCUCUAGGACCGAUGCUGGAGGCUCUAGAACCGAUGCUGGAGGCUCUAGGACCGAUGCUGGAGGCUCUAGGACCGAUGCUGGAUGCUCUAGAACCGAUGCUGGAGGCUCUAGAACCGAUGCUGGAGGCUCUAGAACCGAUGCUGGAGGCUCCAGAACCGAUGCUGGAGGCUCUAGGACCGAUGCUGGAGGCUCUAGAACCGAUGCUGGAGGCUCUAGAACCGAUGCUGGAGGCUCUAGGACCGAUGCUGGAGGCUCCAGAACCGAUGCUGGAGGCUCCAGAACCGAUGCUGGAGGCUCCAGGACCGAUGCUGGAGGCUCUAGGACCGAUGCUGGAGGUUCUAGGACCGAUGCUGGAGGCUCUAGGACCGAUGCUGGAGGCUCUAGGACCGAUGCUGGAGGCUCUAGGACCGAUGCUGGAGGUUCUAGGACCGAUGCUGGAAACCAUCAGACGCGCCACCUAGGCUGA